AUGGCGACCGCCACCCAGCGAGCCGAGGAAGCGGAUAGCGUCGUGGGCGAAGUGACGCUCGGCCAGAAGAUGAUGUCUGCCGUCUCGGGCAGUGUCCUCACAUCGUUACUAGCGGGAGCGACGGCCCGCGUACUUGCUGCAAUAGCCGUAAGCCCAAUCGAAAUGUUCCGGACACGCAUGCAGGCUGCGAAUCACACGGCCACGGCAGCUGGCCACUUCCGCGAGACUAUGGACGGUCUACGAGACAUGGUCGCAAACCAGGGUGUUUUCAGUCUAUGGCGAGGUCUUACCCUGACCCUUUGGCGCGAUGUGCCCUUUUCCGCCAUCUACUGGUGGGGCUACGAAGAGACGAGGAAUGUCUUGACCGAUCAAAGAGGUAGAAGAGAAGCAAGAAACGAUGGCUUCGAGUUCCGUAUGGGCCGAGGCGAAGAAAAGGUACGAAGGAGAAGCCGAUCUAGGAGCCAGGAGAACCACAGAGAUACACUUGUCGACAGCUUUAUCGCUGGUGCCACAUCUGGAGCAGUCGCUGCUUUCGUCACAACGCCAUUCGAUGUCGGAAAGACCCGUCAACAAGUAGCAAGACACAUGGGCGAGACUGCCAAGGACAUUGCUAAGUCCACUCGCCCCGAAGACCAGUCAAUGCCCCGCUUUUUGAUGCAUAUCUACCGUGAACAGGGCAUGCCUGGACUUUUCAAGGGCUGGGCAGCAAGAUGUCUGAAGAUCGCACCAGCAUGCGCCAUUAUGAUCAGUUGCUAUGAGUUCAGCAAGAAGAUGGCUCUGGACAUGAACGAACGACGUGAACGCGAACGACAUUCGACAUGA